CGCGCCGUCCGACGUCGCCGCACGCGCGCCGCGCGUUCCCAACCUCCCCUCCCCCCCGAACCCCCUCUGCUCGCGCCAUCAUGACGGACGACGGGCUCACGGAGUACGAGCGCCAGAGGCUCGCGCACGUCGCGAGGAACAGAGAGUACAUGGCGCGCCUGGGCGUGCUCGAUCUCGCGGCGACGAUCGCGCCUCCUGAGCCGACGAAUCGCGCGAAGCGCAAGGCGAAGCGCCCGCCGACGGAGCCGACGCGCCGCAGCGGGCGCGUGCGGAACGUCAAGCCCGAGCACGACGGCAGCGCGGUGGACGCGCUGAUGGACGACGAGGACGUCGGCGGGAGGCGCGCCAAGGCGAGGCGGCGCGCGAGGCGAGACGACGACGACGACGACGACGACGAUGUCGACGACGACGACGUUCGAAUCGCGACGGGCCCCGCGGGCGCGGGCGUGUGGUCGAGCGAGCAGGCCGCGCUCGAGGCGUCGACGCGGUGGCUCGAGGACGCGCGCGCGCUCAUGCUCGCGCGGACGGCGUCCAUCGCGCCGAAGGGAGGGGGUAAGCUCACGAACGUCGGCGCGAGGGACGCGUGGAGGUCGGAGGCGGUGCGCCGAUGGGGGAAGGGCGUGCCUGCCGCCGACGCGGUGUCCGAUUGGGAGAAAUGGGUGACGUCGCGCAUAGGGACGCCGCCGCCGCCGAGCGAUCUGCAGCUGUUGCAGGAGUACUACGCGCACGACGCGUGGCAGCUCCUCGUCGCGUGCGUGCUCAUGUCCAGGGUUUCGAGCUGGGAGUGCAAGCACAACACGAUCAGCGCGUUCUUCGCGAAGUACCCCACGCCCACGGCCGCGCUCGCGGCGAAACCGAACGACGUCCUCGAAGUCAUCCGACCGCUCGGGCUCUUCCCGAACCGGUUCCGAUCCGUCGUGGAGAUCAGCGCGAAGAUACUCACUGAGGCGGGGCCGCUCGACGUCGGGCCGGACCAGGAGCGGAAGAUCUACGGCGUCGGCGAGUUCGGGAUCGACUCGUUCAACGUGUUCUGUCGCGGGGAUCUGAGCGUCAACCCGGGGGAUAAGACGUUGCAGUCGUUCGUGAACUGGCAGAGACGCCGCGGCCACGAGAAAAAGAAAAAAUAAUUGAAGUUUGAUCUGAUUGCUAUUCGAAUC